AUGCUUCUCCUUCUCCAGCUCAACCUUUCUCCUAAACUCCUCCACAGUAUCCUUACAAUCGGGCCAAGACCCGGCCCGAUCCUCCUCCUCCUCUCCAAGCCCAUUACUACUCCCAUCAGCCCGAACAUCCUUAGCACAGACUCUUAUCGCAAGCGAAACCGAUCUAUCCGGAAGAUUACUCACAAAAUCCAGCCAGUCGUGGCAAAUGCCGAGGAGGUGGGGCCCGCCCGAGAGACGCGGAGGAGGGGAAUGGGCCCGAGAGCAGUAUUUGACUUCAGGGCCCACGAAUUUGGAGAGCCAUCUGUAAAGGGCCUCGAUGUAUCUCCUUUGGGCCUGGACAUACACGUUGAAACACGAGCGCCAGUUGAGGAGCUCGGUUUCGAGCUGGAGGGUCGCGAGACGGUGAGACUCGUUGCAGAAUUUACGACAAGUGAAACAAAGGAGAUAAGUGAGCAUAAAAUCAGCCAAAGCAUAGCAGCUUCAAGAACAAUUGGGAAAUCACAUGCUCACAAAUACAAUUCAUAA